UUCCAUCAUUUCAGAGGGAGGGCAGGGCGGGAAGCAGGGGAGACAGAGCACCACACAUGGAUGAGUCUUCUGAGCAUGUGUUCCUCCUGCACCGCUUGUCUGCUGUCUUCCUCAGCCAGGUCAGCAGCAGUCCCCAGACUGCUGGCUACUGCCACAGCAGCCACUGCUGCCACCACUGCUGCCACAGCAGCCACUGCUGCCACCACUGCUGCCACAGCACCCAGAGCUGUGACGAUGGCGACGCAGAGAUCUGCGGGGCCUGUGGUGGCUCAGGCAGCAGCCACCACCCCCAGAACUGCAGCAGCCCCCAGAGCUGGAGCUGCAGCAUCCCCCAGAGCUGGAGCCGCAGCAGCCCCCAGAGCCCAGGCUACAGCAGGAAGAAACAGGGGGGCACUUAGGGGGACACUUAGGGGGACACUUAGGAGGGCACUUUGGGGUCUGGCACUUGGGAGGGCAUUUAGGGGUGCACUUGGGAGGGGGCUGGCACUGCUGCUGGUUCUGUUGGCAGGACAUCUUCACUGUGGCUGGUCAGGAGCUGUGAGAGAGACACACACAUGUCAGAUACA